AUGAUACUCGAACCGAAGGACUUCCCGCAGAUGUGGCAAAAGCCGUCAAGUGAUGACUUACUCAACACGCUGAAGCAACUGGAACUUAGCCCUCCGGUAUGGAGUCACAAGCGCAGGCGAUCUGAUAUCAUUCAUGAACAAGAGGCCACGGCGUAUUUCCGGCGCGAAGUAACGAUGUACCUAUCGUCCAUCAUCAAGAGCGGCCUCUCCUGGAUUGAGGACGAUGACAAGAAGGAGGAAGUCUGGUCAGAGGCUAGCCGCAGGAUGACGGAACGAUGUGGAAGAACCGCCAUGGGCGAGAUUACUCGGCGAUGGCCCUUUAGAGAAGAGGACCUCACGCCGACCUUUGAGCUCAUCAUCCGGGAGCCGCCCCUGACCGGCGACUCACUUGGUCUCAAGACCUGGGGGUCUUCUUACGUUCUCGCCAAGCACUUGCCAUCUAUUGGUUCGACAGCUCUCUUCCGGCUCUUUGACGAAUCUCUGGGCGAGCCGCGGCCAUCUAUCUUGGAAUUAGGUUCUGGCACAGGCCUACUUGGACUUGCGGCGGCAGCUUUGUGGAAGGCUCAUGUAAUUCUCAGCGACUUGCCAGACAUCAUGUCGAAUCUUUGCCAUAACGUCGAGGCCAACCGUGCCACGGUGGAGAAGCUGGGAGGUUCAUUGAACGCUGGCGCACUUACUUGGGGUGGCUCAGGGGAUGAGGAAGUUAAUCAGGAUCUCUUUGGCAAACGAAACCAGUUCAAGGUUGUCCUCGCUGCUGACCCCCUUUACGACGACUGUCAUCCAGGGCUUCUGGCAGGUGCUUUUUCUGAGCAGCUAUCAAUUGCAGACGAUGCUCGCGCAGUUGUAAUGGUCCCGCUACGAGACGAAACCACCAAAAAGCUUCUCAAGGCUUUCCGAGAUGCUAUGGGAAGCCAGGAAAACCCUCUACUAUGCAUUGAGGAAGGAACACUCGAUGGCCAGGAUGACUGGGGUGAAGACAAGGAGGGCACCGACGUGACUUGUUGGUGGGGAAUCUUUGCACGCAAGCAGCAAAUAUGA